AUGCUUAGCUCAACAGCAACAACGAUGCUCCGCGCGGGCGUUAGCCGGUCCUCCGGCGCCCUCCAGCCCAUGCUCCUCCGCAGCGCCGCCUGCCCCUACUCGCCCUUCUCCAUGAACAGCACCACCAAGCUCCAAAAACCGACUACUACCUCUGUGCGCACUCUCUCGACGACACCUUCUGCCCUCGUCCUCCGUUUCCGCGCCCAACAACAAGCCCAGCAGCAGCUUCGCAAAGCUUCGUCUACCACCCGCCCGCGCUCCGAUGCCGAGCUCGACGCCAGCGCUGCCGAGGCCGCCGCCGCCGCGCAAACAGCCGCCCACGCCGGGGAGCCCGUGCUGGAUUGGAACACCUUCUUCAAGCUGCGCAAGACCAGGCGGAGGGUGCAGCUGGUCUUCAGCGUGAUCAUGACGCUGGUGACGUCGGGAGCCGGAGGCGCCGUUCUGAGCACGGGAGUGGCCGACAGCCUGGUGUCGCAGGUGCCGCUUGAGCCCAUGUUUGCGAUCGGCCUGAUGACGGCCAGCUUCGGUGCGCUUGGUUGGCUGAUGGGCCCUGCCAUGGGCGGCAUGGUGUUCAACGCGAUGAAGAGCAAGUACAGGAGUCAGAUGGCGAUCAAGGAGAGCCAGUUCUUUGCCAGGAUCAAGAAGCACCGUGUUGAUCCUAGCGCUAGCUCUAUGGGUAACCCUGUUCCCGAUUUCUACGGCGAAAAGAUCUCCAGCGUUGCUGGCUACAGACAAUGGCUCAAGGACCAGAGGGCUUUCAACAAGAAGCGCACCACCGUUUGA